CCGAGGCAAGCGGCGGCGCACGAUGGCUCGCGCCCAGGCGCUGGUCCUGGCGCUCACCUUCCAGCUCUGCGCGCCGGAGACCGAGACUCCAGCAGCCGGCUGUACCUUUGAGGAGGUGAGUGACCCAGGAGUGCCCUGUGAGUACAGCCAAGCCCAGUACAACGACUUUCAGUGGGAGCAAGUACGGAGCCACCCUGGCACCCGGACCCCUGUGGACCUGCCCCAUGGCUCCUACUUGAUGGUCAAUGCUUCCCAGCACGGCCCAGGUCAGCGGGCCCAUGUCAUCUUCCAGAGCCUGAGCGAGAAUGAUACCCACUGUGUGCAGUUCAGCUACUUCCUGUACAGCCGGGAUGGGCACAGCCCGGGCACCCUGGGUGUCUACGUGCGAGUCAAUGGGGGCCCCCUGGGCAGUGCUGUCUGGAAUAUGACUGGAUCCCAUGGCCAUCAAUGGCACCAGGCUGAGCUGGCUGUCAGCACCUUCUGGCCCAAUGAGUAUCAGGUGCUGUUUGAGGCCCUCAUCUCCUCAGACCGCAGGGGCUACAUGGGCUUAGACGACAUCCUGCUUCUCAGCUACCCCUGUGCAAAAGCCCCGCACUUUUCCCGCCUGGGCGACGUGGAGGUCAAUGCGGGCCAGAACGCCUCCUUCCAGUGCAUGGCGGCAGGCAGGGUGGCCGAGGCAGAGCGGUUCCUCCUCCAGCGUCAGAGCGGGGAGCUGGUGCCCGCGGCUGGUGUGCGGCACAUCAGCCACCGGCGUUUCCUGGCCACCUUCCCGCUGGCCGCCGUGGGCCGCGACGAGCAGGACCUGUACCGCUGCGUUUCCCAGGCCCCGCGCGGCGCCGGCGUCUCCAACUUCGCCGAGCUCAUUGUCAAGGAGCCCCCCACACCCAUAGCGCCCCCGCAGCUGCUGCGCGCAGGCCCUACCUACCUUAUCAUCCAGCUCAACACCAACUCCAUCAUUGGCGACGGGCCCAUCGUGCGUAAGGAGAUCGAGUACCGCAUGGCGCGCGGCCCGUGGGCCGAGGUGCACGCCGUCAGCCUGCAGACCUACAAGCUGUGGCACCUCGACCCGGACACCGAGUACGAGAUCAGCGUGCUGCUCACGCGCCCGGGUGAUGGCGGCACAGGCCGCCCAGGGCCGCCCCUCAUCAGCCGCACGAAAUGCGCAGAACCCAUGAGGGCCCCCAAAGGCCUGGCCUUUGCAGAGAUCCAGGCCCGUCAGCUGACCCUGCAGUGGGAACCUCUGGGCUACAACGUGACGCGUUGCCACACCUACACAGUGUCCCUGUGCUAUCACUACACCCUGGGCAGCAGCCAUAACCAGACCUUCCGGGAGUGUGUGAAGAUGGAGCGGGGCACCAGCCGCUACACCAUUAAGAACCUGCUGCCCCAUCGGAAUGUCCAGGUGCGGCUCGUGCUCACGAACCCCGAGGGGCGCAAGGAGGGCAAGGAGGUCACCUUCCAGACUGACGAGGAUGUGCCUGGUGGGAUUGCAGCCGAGUCCCUGACCUUCACUCCACUGGAGGACAUGAUCUUCCUUAAGUGGGAGGAGCCCCAGGAACCCAAUGGUCUCAUAACUCAGUAUGAGAUCAGCUACCAGAGCAUCGAGUCAUCAGAUCCGGCGGUGAAUGUGCCAGGCCCUAGACGUACCAUCUCCAAGCUCCGCAAUGAGACCUACCAUGUCUUCUCCAACCUGCACCCAGGUACCACUUACCUGUUCUCUGUGCGGGCCCGCACGGGCAAAGGCUUCGGCCAGGCGGCACUCACCGAGAUCACCACCAACAUCUCAGCUCCCAGCUUUGAUUAUGCCGACAUGCCAUCACCCCUGGGCGAGUCUGAGAACACCAUCACCGUGCUGCUGAGGCCAGCACAGGGCCGUGGUGCGCCUAUCAGCGUAUACCAGGUGAUUGUGGAGGAGGAGCGGCAGCGGCGGCUGCGGCGGGAGCCAGGUGGCCAGGACUGCUUCCCGGUGCCACUGACCUUUGACACUGCACAGGCCCGUGGCCUGGUGCAUUAUUUUGGUGCAGAACUGGCGGCUAACAGCCUGCCCGAGCCCAUGCCCUUCACCGUGGGUGACAACCAGACCUAUCGUGGCUUCUGGAACCCACCGCUUGAGCCCAGGAAGGCUUACCUCAUCUACUUCCAGGCAACAAGCCACCUGAAGGGGGAGACCCGGCUGAACUGCAUCCGCAUUGCCCGGAAAGCUGCCUGCAAGGAAAACAAGCAGCCCCUGGAGGUGUCCCAGCGAUCAGAGGAGAUGGGGCUCAUCUUGGGCAUCUGUGCAGGGGGGCUUGCUGUCCUCAUCCUCCUCCUGGGGGCCAUCAUUGUCAUCAUCCGCAAGGGGAGAGACCACUAUGCCUACUCCUACUACCCGAAGCCGGUGAACAUGACCAAGGCCACUGUCAACUACCGCCAGGAGAAGACACACAUGAUGAGUGCCGUGGACAGGAGCUUCACUGACCAGAGCACCCUGCAGGAGGACGAGCGGCUGGGCCUCUCCUUCAUGGACACCCACAGCUACAGCCCCCGGGGAGACCAGCGCAGCGGUGGGGUCACUGAGGCCAGCAGCCUCCUGGGGGGCUCACCGCGGCAUCCAUGCGGCCGGAAGGGCUCCCCAUACCACACGGGGCAGCUGCACCCAGCAGUGCGUGUGGCUGACCUGCUGCAGCACAUCAACCAGAUGAAGACGGCCGAGGGCUACGGCUUCAAGCAGGAGUAUGAGAGCUUCUUUGAAGGCUGGGAUGCCACGAAGAAGAAAGAAAAGCUCAAGGGUGGCCGGCAGGAGCCCAUGCCUGCCUAUGAUCGGCACCGAGUGAAACUCCACCCGAUGCUGGGAGACCCCAAUGCUGACUACAUUAACGCCAACUAUAUAGACGGUUACCACAGGUCAAACCACUUUAUAGCCACUCAAGGGCCGAAGCCUGAGAUGGUGUACGACUUCUGGCGCAUGGUGUGGCAGGAGCACUGUUCCAGCAUCGUCAUGAUCACCAAGCUGGUGGAGGUGGGCAGGGUGAAAUGCUCACGGUAUUGGCCAGAAGACUCGGACAUGUACGGAGACAUCAAGAUCACACUGAUGAAGACAGAAACUCUAGCUGAAUACGUCGUGCGCACCUUUGCCCUGGAGCGGAGAGGCUACUCUGCCCGGCAUGAGGUCCGCCAGUUCCACUUCACAGCGUGGCCAGAGCACGGUGUCCCCUACCACGCUACGGGGCUGCUGGCCUUCAUCCGGCGUGUGAAGGUUUCCACCCCACCUGAUGCUGGGCCCAUUGUCAUCCACUGCAGUGCCGGCACGGGUCGCACAGGUUGCUACAUCGUCCUGGAUGUGAUGCUGGACAUGGCAGAGUGUGAGGGCGUCGUGGACAUCUACAACUGCGUGAAGACUCUCUGCUCCCGGCGUGUCAACAUGAUCCAAACUGAGGAGCAGUACAUCUUCAUUCACGAUGCAAUCCUGGAAGCCUGUCUGUGUGGGGAGACCACCAUCCCUGUCAGCGAGUUCAAGGCCACCUACAAGGAGAUGAUCCGCAUUGACCCUCAGAGUAAUUCCUCCCAGCUGCGGGAAGAGUUCCAGACGCUGAACUCGGUGACGCCACCACUGGAUGUGGAGGAGUGCAGCAUUGCCCUGCUGCCUCGGAACCGUGACAAGAACCGCAGCAUGGACGUCCUGCCACCUGACCGCUGCCUGCCCUUCCUCAUCUCCACCGAUGGGGACCCCAACAACUAUAUCAAUGCGGCCCUGACUGAUAGCUACACGCGGAGCGCAGCCUUCAUUGUGACCCUGCACCCACUGCAGAGCACCACGCCUGACUUCUGGAGGCUGGUCUAUGACUACGGGUGCACCUCCAUCGUCAUGCUCAACCAGCUGAACCAGUCCAACUCUGCCUGGCCCUGUCUGCAGUACUGGCCAGAGCCAGGCCGGCAGCAGUAUGGCCUCAUGGAGGUGGAGUUUGUGUCAGGCACUGUGGAUGAGGACUUGGUGGCCCGUGUCUUCCGGGUGCAGAACAUCUCUCGGCUGCAGGAGGGGCACCUGCUGGUGCGGCACUUCCAGUUCCUGCGCUGGUCCGCGUACCGGGACACACCUGACUCCAAGAAGGCCUUCCUGCACCUGCUGGCCGAGGUGGACAAGUGGCAGGCGGAGAGCGGGGAUGGGCGCACAGUUGUGCACUGCCUAAAUGGAGGUGGCCGCAGUGGCACCUUCUGUGCCUGUGCCACGGUCCUGGAGAUGAUUCGCUGCCACAACCUGGUGGACGUUUUCUUUGCUGCCAAAACGCUUCGGAACUACAAGCCCAAUAUGGUGGAGACUCUGGACCAGUACCACUUUUGCUACGAUGUGGCCCUGGAGUACCUGGAGGGGCUGGAGUCGAGAUAGCAGCCCCUGGCCUGGGGCACCCUCUGUGCACUCAGGGCCAGGCCCACCGUCCAGAACUGGCGAGGAGGACCUGUACCUCCAACUCUGCUUGGUCACUGUCCCCACGGGGGAAGCACUGGAGUAGGUGCCAGGCCACCUUGGUGCCCUUUCCACUGUGGGCAGGGCCUUUCACCAUUAUGUGGAGGGAGGCCGUGGGCUAAGGAGACACUUGAGCAAGGCUGCAGCACUACCCCACCUCCACAGGGUCCUGCUGGCCUGUGCCGAGAGCCUGGCACAGCCUGGAAGAGCAGGCAGGGACUCAGAACUGCCAGCUCUGGGGGACCCAGGCCCAAGCCCCUUGACUCUAUCCGAACCCUGGCAGAGAUGGGUGAGGCCCUGCAAAGGAUGUGCCAGGCCAAGGCUUCCACCCAGCUUGGCUCCCUGUGGGCAUGGGCAGAGGAUGAAUUGGGGCUUGGCCUCUAGAAUCCCAUCUGGCCCAGCCCGCAAGGGUCCCAGGAGUACUGAUCUGAUAUGCCAGUGGUUCACAUCCAGACUGCUCUCCCCAGGGAGAUCUGCAACUCCCUCCUCCACUCCUGUCCCUGCGGCCCCAGGGAUAUCUGCUCACGAUCCCUCCCCACUUCUGCUUCCCUGACGUGUGCUCUGAGCUUCCCUGAACCAGGACCUGGCUGUCCCUACCCUGCCUCGUGUGGGGCCCCUUCCCUGCCUGACCCACCGUCUGCAGAAUGAAGUCACCUUAUCCUCCUUUUCCCAUAAAUUUCAGGCCUCACUGGCCUGGCCCUGCUCAGCCUGGGCCAGUGACAAUCUGCAAGGCUGAAGCUCCCUGUGACUCUCUGGGGAGGGGACAGUGCCAGAGCAGGGGUGCAGUAACUCCUGGAGUUUGGAGGAAGAAGGAAUACUUUGGGGUGGAGGAUCUAUGCUUUUUUGUUUAUUUUGUUGUUUUAUGAUGGGUGGAUGGGAAGCUCUCUUUAAAACGGGGCAGGCCAUACCCCCAUUCCGUGCCUCAAUUUCCCCAACAGUAAACUGUAGAUAUGACUACUGACCUACCUCGCAGGGGACUGUGGGGAGGCAUAAGCAGAUGUUUGUAAAGCGCUUUGUAAAUAAAUGUGCUCUCUGAAUGCCACAGAGCUGCCUUGUGUGUCCGACUAGCUUGACUGGGGCCCUACUCCCCUUCUCCCAGCUGCCCUGUGCAGUGGGAGGGCCCUGGACUGGGAUUCAGAGGCCCGGGUACUG